AAACCUUUCAUUUUUUUCCCAGAUCAUCACCGAUGGUUUUUGCCCGAGUUCAAUCUGGGUCACCCGCGGCUUAGUUCCAGCUGUGAAGGAAACUCGAAGCGGAAAAUGUCGCCCACUGUUUUCGAAUUUGAGCGCCCUCGUAUAGGGAACUCGAAUACGAUAUUCUAGAGCAGGGCAUUUGCUCAAAUUAUCAAAAGUCCUCAAGAUGAUGCAUAAAGUUUCUUCUCUUGCUUCUGAGAAUCGGAUGACACCUUCAGCAGUUGCUGUUUGUAUGGCUCCAUUGCUGUUGCGCCCUCUUUUAACUGGUGAAUGUGAACUAGAGAAUGGCUAUGAUACUAAUGGAGAUGGUUCUGCUCAGCUUCUAGCUGCAGCCAAUGCUGCUAAUGCUGCCCAAGCUAUCAUCACUAUACUUCUGGAGGAGUAUGACAAAACUUUUGAUUUAAGUCACAAUGAUUAUAGUAUGCACAGGUGCUCGAUGUCUGUAGAUUCUAAACCCGAUAACAGUGGAAGUGAAGAUACAAGUAAUGAUGAAAAUGCAGAUGUAAAAGUAAAUGGUUAUCCUGAUGCUGAAAAUGAAGUCAACCCUGAAACAGAUAUUGUUUCUGAUCGAAGACACAGUGGGAAGUUAAGUGAAAGCAGUGGCUUGGCUGCUAGUGAUCGUUAUGACUAUAAGGCAAGAAAAACUCUUUCAUCAGAAUCCAUAGAUUCGUCUGAAGAGGAAGAGUGCGUGAAAAAUCUGCAAGACUUAGGAAAUGCAUACAAAUUACCCGGGGCAGGGAAAAAGGAGCAAAAGUGAAGCAAGAAGCAGUUCUAAAAGAUCCUAUUUCAGAUGGCAAAAGUGACAAAUCAUGAAGAAAGAAGCCCAUCAGCUAUAAAAGGGGCAACUAUCUUGAAGAAGGGAGGAUUCGACACCAGCUCCACAUACUCCUUAGUUUCAUUUCUAGUUAACUCACUUCACACGCAUUUGGCACCGAUGGGAAAUUCUGGGCAGGCUUGGCGAUAGUUGGUUUCCGUGGUAUAACACCGUCCUCACGAGGGCGAAGAUAUAAUCUGUUUUUUUUUUAAUUUUCCGUCGUUUAUUUCUCGCCGUGAACUUCUUUGCCGAAAGCUUGGCGACUGCUUUUGUGUUUGAAUCUUAUUUCAGUGGUUAUGGCAGUUUCUGUUUUCUGUUUUACUUUGGUUUCUGAUGUUUGAUGUAGGUUUUAUUGAUUUUGGAUGCUUUU